GCGGCGGCAGCAGCUGCUGCUGCAGCUCGGGCGCUCCGGGAUGGCGUUCAUGGAGAAGCCGCCGCCCGGCAAAGUCCUGCUGGACGACACGGUGCCGCUGACAGCCGGGAUCGAGGCGAGCCAGAGCCUGCACUCCCAUACGGAGUACAUCAUUCGUGUGCAGAGAGGAAUUUCUAUGGAAAACAGCUGGCAGAUUGUUAGAAGAUAUAGUGACUUCGAUUUGCUGAACAACAGUUUGCAGAUUUCAGGCCUGUGUCUACCUCUCCCUCCCAAAAAACUGAUUGGCAAUAUGGACCGUGAAUUCAUAGCUGAAAGACAGAAAGGACUUCAGAACUAUCUCAACGUAAUCACCACAAAUCACAUACUGUCAAACUGUGAGUUGGUGAAGAAGUUUUUAGAUCCAAACAACUAUUCUUCAAACUAUACUGAAAUUGCUUUACAGCAGGUUUCCAUGUUCUUUCGGUCAGAACCCAAGUGGGAGGUGGUAGAGCCACUGAAAGACAUAGGCUGGAGGAUACGGAAGAAGUAUUUCUUAAUGAAGAGUAAAAAUCAGCCAAAGGAGCGGCUAGUAUUAAGCUGGGCUGACCUUGGCCCCGAUAAGUAUCUGUCUGACAAAGACUUUCAGUGUGUAGUCAAGCUCCUUCCAUCUUGUUCGCACCCUUAUAUCUAUCGUGUCGCCUUCGCCACUGUCAGUGAGACCUCAGCGUUGCUAAUUAGGACAUUUAAUGAAAAAGGAACCCUAAAGGACCUGAUCUACAAGGCAAAACCAAAGGACCCAUUCUUGAAAAAGUACUGCAACCCCAAGAAAAUCCAGGGUCUUGAGCUACAUCAAAUAAAAACAUUUGGACGACAAAUAUUAGAGGUGUUAAAAUUCCUGCAUGAAAAAGGCUUUCCUUAUGGCCACCUUCAUUCCUCCAAUGUGAUGCUGGAUGGAGACACUUGCCGCUUGUUGGACCUUGAGAAUUCCUUGCUGGGACUUCCUUCCUUCUAUCGAUCCUAUUUUUCACAAUUCAGAAAAAUUAAUACUUUAGAAGGCGUGGAUGUGCACUGCUUUGGUCACUUACUCUAUGAAAUGACUUACGGUCGGCCUCCAGAUUCAGUACCGGUGGACACUUUUCCUCCUGCACCAUCAGUGUCUGUGGUAAGCGUUUUGGAGUCCAUCCUGUCUUGUGAAGCCUGUAAGAAUGGUAUGCCUACAGUCUCCCAACUCUUACUAAUGCCAUUAUUCAGUGAUAUUUUACUAACCAAUUCUGAGAAGCCACAGUUUAAGAUCCCGACCAAGUUAAAGGAGGCACUGAAAAUUGCCAAAGAAUGCAUAGAGAAGAGAUUAGUUGAGGAGCAGAAACUGAUUCACCAGCAUCGGAGACUAACGAGAGCGCAGUCUCAUCACGGCUCAGAGGAAGAAAGAAAAAAAAGGAAGAUUUUAGCUCGGAAGAAGUCAAAGCGUUCUGCCCUUGAGAGCAGUGAAGACCACUCAGCAAAAUACAGCAACUCCAACAAUUCAGCAGGCUCUGGGGCGAGUUCACCUCUGACAUCUCCGUCGUCGCCAACUCCACCCUCUAAAGCAGGGGGAUCGACCUUCUCUCCACCACCCCCACCACCGCUGCCAGCUGCACCUCCACCACCAGACGUGGAUGUACCGACCCAGCUUUCCUCUCACUCUGUGAAUGGUACAAGCAGAGGAGCCUUGCUCAACUCCAUCCAAAAUUUUCAAAAAGAAACUUUGAAGAAAGCAGAAACCUGUGACCACAGUGUGCCCAAGAUCAGCUGAAGAGGAUUGUUUGCAUUUGGCUGGAAUAUUUAAGGUUUUCUUUUUUCCACGAAAAAAAUUCUUUUAGGUCAAAUACCUGAUUGCCCAGUGCAGAGCAGUAUAUAUUGUUUUGCAGCUGUCCUAUGUCAGAAUUAUUUCAGCUUUUUCAAGAAGAAAAUUAUUUUUCUAACUGUUGAGUGGCAGUACUAUGUAGUUUGAAUGGCAGUGGCAUAUUGAGAUAACUAUUUGGUUCCCUUAUUCUAGUUUUAGGGAACACUGCUCUUUCUCUGUAGAAACCAGUUUGAAGGUGCAACAUAUUGGGUCAGUAUAUUGACCAUCUGAGUGAAAAGGACAGGCUCCUAGCAGCAGUCCUGAGUCAAGACCUUGAAUUUUUCUGUUUCUAUUCCCCUUUUCCCCUUCAAAAGUAGCUCCAUGGAAAAGCACUGUUGCUUAAACUAUUUUCCCAUGCCUUUCUGGGGCUCUGGCCACUUUUGCUAUAAUAUCUAUAAUCCAAUUCAUUUUAGAUAUUAGCAGAAAACCCAGUUCAAAACAUACUACAUAGCAGGGGUUAGAAAGCACCCUCAAAGAUACAGGGGAAAUUUUGGCAUAACAAUAAGGGCUAUGAGAACCUUGUUAUAGCAAGAAGGUAGUGGCCAAGCUAGGGUCCCAGCACUGAUAUAGUGACAGCUAUCUCCAAGACAGUCUUACUAUUACAAGCUUGUAAAGUGAAGGGGGUUUGAAGUUGUUUGAAAUUUUCAGCUGUAUCCCAAGAUUCAGGAAAGAAUGGAACUGCCUGGUAGUUGGUGCUGGCCUGGAGUUAACUCCACAACUCCCUGGGAGCCCCCAGGGGGCUUUUUGGUCAAACAGCACUCCCAAGCCCUUUUUUCCCCCACAGGUCAUCCCCUCUGCCCCCCAAUCCAGUGUGUUUGCAGAGAAGGGAAUCAUCAAUGAUGCCACCUGCUUGGUGGUAGGGAAGAGUUCCUGGCAUCUAUUACUCCACUUGCUAUCAACCUGAAGCCCCACCUCCUGCCCAGAUGCUCUGGGCUCUGAAUCAACAGUAUCCACUGCUUCAGCACUUUAGGGUCUGGAACAAGCAUCCCAUUUGUUAUUUCCUUCCCACCCCCCAAAUUCCUCUGGCCCUGGCUAUAGUCAAGCAGAAGGAGCAGGGAGUUGGCUCAGAUGUAUGUACUGUCUGUAAAGCUGGGUGUGGUGCACGUGCUGUCUUAAAGGGGUUUGGAAUCAUGAGGGCUCAACCCUGUGGGCAAUUUCUUGCCUCUCCUGAGCAUGGUAAGGCUUCACUUUUAAUUGGACAUUAGCAUCUGCUCAAAUUUUAACAAGCAGCAGUGUCCAUGAUUACCCACCUUAAUCUGCUAAGGCAAAGGUUAUGGGUGUACAACUGUUCUCUAGUUGAAUAGCCAACAUUGUAUCUUUUAAAUCCACUAGUAGGGGACUUUACAAGUGAAUUUAGAAUCCUUAAUGACUUUUGAUCAUUGAAAAAAAUUGAACACACACUUUACAGAUUUUAAUGUCAUUUAUUUGGAGAGGUCCUUUAUGGGAUAUUGUGCUAAAACUUUAAACAAAUUGCACUUUAAAGGAUUGUAGGUAAUCCAUUUCUAAAUUCAAGUAUACAUCAGUGUUUGCUACUAUGCAUAAUAUCAUUGUGAUAAUCCCCUCUAGCCUGUGAUCUAUAUUUGCUGUAUUUUUUACAAUAAAUCAUGUCAGAACUCAUGGGCUGUAGCUGGGCUAGAUAUUUCCCAUAGAAUUCAUAGCAAUCCCAUUGAUUUAAAAAAAAAGGUGUAGAAGAUCCAAUUACUAGUGUAAAAAAAUAUAUUUUUCCAUUUCAUGUGGUCUGUGUCAACAGAUUUCUCUUGGAUCAUUUUCUUUAUUAAUAAAGGCUAACUAUCUGACUGCAAGCAAUGA